GCUGGGGAAUGGGAAGCAGUUCCUGAUCUGGGGCCGAGCGAGCGCACACGGCAGCAGCAGGAGCAGCAGCAGGAGCCGCCGGCACAGCCACUCCGGCUCCACUCGCUCAGCAGCAUCCAGCGUGGGGACCAGCGCUCCGCCUGGCUCCCUCGCGCGGGGUGGACGUUCCUGAGCACUGAGCUCAGCUGCUGUAAAAAGCAAGUAGGAAAAUAUACAGCUGGAUAAAAUUGAACAUGAUCAGAAGAUAGCAUCAUACACCAUGACCAUGGCACCCCGGAAGAGGAAUCGUCAUGCAUUGGGGUUUCUUUGUUGUUUUGGGGGCAGUGACCUCCCUGAAAUCAACCUCAAGGACAAUAACCCCCUCCAGUUCCUUGAGUUUUCUGUCCCAAUCCCACCAGCAGAAGAGCUCAAUGCCAGAUUCUCUGAACUUGUGGAUGAAUUGGAUCUCACAGACAAGAACAGAGAGGCUAUGUUUGCACUCCCUCCCGAGAAGAAAUGGCAGAUUUACUGCAGCAAAAAGAAGGAACAAGAAGAUCCUAAUAAGCUUGCUACCAGCUGGCCAGAUUACUACAUUGACCGCAUCAAUUCCAUGGCAGCAAUGCAGACUCUCUAUGCUUUCGAUGAAGAAGAAACAGAAAUGAAAAAUAAAAUAGUUGAAGACUUGAAGACAGCUCUGCGGACCCAGCCCAUGAGGUUUGUGACCAGGUUUAUUGAGCUGGAUGGCCUGAGCUGUUUGCUGAACUUCCUGAAGAGCAUGGACUACGAGACCUCAGAGAGCCGUAUACACACAUCCGUUAUAGGGUGUAUCAAGGCACUGAUGAAUAACUCCCAAGGACGGGCUCAUGUUCUGGCUCAUCCAGAGAGUAUCAACAUCAUUUCCCAGAGUUUACGGACUGAGAACAUUAAGACCAAGAUUGCUGUGCUGGAGAUCCUAGGAGCUGUCUGCUUGGUACCAGAUGGUCACAAGAAAGUCUUGCAAGCCAUGCUUCACUACCAAGUCUAUGCUGCAGAAAGGACAAGAUUCCAGACAUUGCUGAAUGAGCUAGAUCGAAGUAUGGGGCGAUACCGAGAUGAAGUAAAUCUCAAAACAGCCAUCAUGUCCUUUAUCAAUGCUGUUCUGAAUGCUGGUGCCGGUGAGGACAAUUUGGAGUUCCGAUUACACCUGCGAUAUGAGUUUCUAAUGCUGGGAAUUCAACCUGUCAUUGACAAGCUAAGAGGACAUGAGAAUGCCACACUGGACAGGCAUUUAGAUUUCUUUGAGAUGGUCAGAAAUGAAGAUGACCUGGAACUCGCCAAGCGGUUUGACCUGAUCCACAUUGAUACAAAAAGUGCCUCUCAGAUGUUUGAGUUGAUCAAGAAGAGAUUGAAGCACACAGAUGCCUAUCCCUAUUUGUUAUCCAUCCUCCAGCACUGCUUGCAGAUGCCAUAUAAGAGGAAUGGGGGAAACUUCCAGCAGUGGCAGCUGUUGGACAGAAUACUCCAACAAAUUGUUCUUCAGGAUGAGCGAGGAGAUGAUCCAGACAUAGCUCCAUUGGAAAACUUCAAUGUCAAAAAUAUCAUUAAAAUGCUGGUGAAUGAAAAUGAAGUCAAGCAGUGGAGGGACCAGGCAGAGAAGUUUCGGAAAGAUCAUGCCGAGCUGAUGAGCAGGCUGGAGAAGAAGGAGCGGGAAUGUGAGACGAAGACACAGGAGAAAGAUGAAAUGAUGAAGACACUGAAUAAAAUGAAGGACAAGCUGCAGAAGGAAUCAUUGGAGCUGCGCCAGACCCGGGACCAGAUGAAUGACCUGGUGGCUCAACUUAAUGAGUUCUCGCAAGGGGGCAGCAUUUCCUUCCCACCCCCACCACCCCCCCCUCCAGGUGGCCCGUUAGCUUUGUCCUCUUCUCACAUGUCUGAGAAUCUGCCACCACUGCCACCUCCUCUGCCUUUCUCCAGCUGUCCCCCUCCUCCUGCUCCACCACCACCUCCAGGAGGACCUCCUCCUCCACCAGGAGCACCACCUUUCUUCAGCAUGGGGAUUCCACCCCCUUCAACAACCACUUUCAGCAGCAGUGGCACCAGCUUGAAGAAGAAAUCUAUCCCGCAGCCUUCGCACCCACUGAAAUCAUUCAACUGGGCUAAGCUGAGUGAGGAAAGGAUCCAUGGCACAAUCUGGAAUGAGAUUGAUGAUUUAAAAGCAUUCAAGGUGCUCGAUCUAGAAGAUUUUGAAAAGAUGUUCUCCGCGUAUCAGAGACACCAGGACCUGCUAACUAACCCCUCCUCCUGUAAGCAGAAAGAGAUGGGCUCAACUGAAGACCUCUACCUCUCCACACGAAAAGUGAAAGAGCUUUCUGUGAUUGAUGGCAGGAGAGCCCAGAACUGUGUCAUUCUCCUUUCCAAGCUGAAGCUGACUAAUGAAGAAAUCAGACAAGCAAUCUUGAGGAUGGAUGAACAAGAAGACCUAGCAAAAGAUAUGCUUGAGCAGCUGCUGAAGUUUGUUCCUGAAAAGAGCGAUACUGACCUGUUGGAGGAGCAUAAACACGAAAUUGAGCGCAUGGCCCGGGCAGAUCGUUUCCUCUUUGAAAUGAGCAGGAUUGACCACUAUCAGCAGCGACUGCAAGCAUUAUUCUUUAAGAAGAAGUUUCCAGAGAGGCUGGCAGAAGCAAAACCAAAAGUGGAAGCCAUUCUUCUGGCAUCCAAAGAACUCAUCCGAAGCAAACGUUUGAGGCAACUCCUGGAGGUAGUUCUGGCCUUCGGGAAUUAUAUGAAUAAGGGCCAAAGGGGAAGUGCUUAUGGCUUCAAAGUCUCCAGCCUGAACAAAAUUGCAGAUACCAAAUCCAGCAUAGACAGAAACAUUACACUUUUGCACUACUUAAUUAUGAUCUUUGAAAAGAAUUAUCCGGAUAUCCUAGAUAUUCAGUCUGAGUUGCAGCAUCUUCCAGAAGCAGCAAAAGUCAACCUGGUAGAGCUGGAGAAGGAAGUCAACAACAUAAAGAACGGAUUGAAAGCUGUUGAAGCUGAACUGGAUUAUCAGAAGAGACGCAUGCGGGAAUCAGGGGACAGGUUUGUUCCCGUCAUGAGCGAUUUCAUCACUGUGGCCAGUUUCAGCUUCUCAGAGUUAGAAGACCUUCUUAACGAGGCUAGAGACAAGUAUGCCAAGGCACUGAAGCAUUUUGGAGAGAGCGAGGGCAAGAUGCAGCCAGAUGAAUUUUUUGGCAUCUUCGACACUUUCUUACAGUCAUUUGCAGAGGCCAAGCAAGAUCUGGAGAAUAUGAGGAAGAAAAAGGAAGAAGAGGAGCGCAGGGCACGCAUGGAGGCCAUGCUAAAAGAGCAGAGGGAAAAAGAGAGGCGACAAAAGAAAGCGAAAGCUGGAAGCAUCUCUGAAGAGAGUGGGGAGUUUGAUGACCUGGUGUCAGCAUUAAGGUCGGGUGAAGUCUUCGACAAAGACUUAUCCAAGCUCAAGCGUAACCGCAAACGCUCGGGGAACCAAGGCUUAGAGACAAGCCGGGAGCGGGUGGUGACAAAGCUAAAUUAUUAAUUACAAGAGGAAGAAAAAAAAUAAUCAACCAAAAGAAGGUGAUGAAAAAGUGCAAAACAAAGAAGAUGAAUGUGUGCGAUGGCGCCUGGCUGACAGCUGCCCCAAAGGAUUUCUUUGGUCUGUGGCUAGAGACGUUACCUUUCCAUGAUCAGCUUUCCUCUCAUCCCUCUUCUGUGCUCCUAUUUUGAACCAUUAUCAAAGUGCCUCUGUGGAGCCAGCAGGCCUGUGACUGGGCCAUGUAGAGCUGACAGAUUUGCUUCUGGGAGUUCAUUGUGUCAUCAGAGGCCUCGUGGUGAUGGCAGAAAAUACUUGGGCCUUGCAGACUGCCUCACAGCUGGAGAAAGAUAACUUUCUGUGUGCCAAAGUAAAAACUAGUCAUGAUUUCCAUCUUGCUGAUAACAAGCAAGACUAAUUUCAGAGCAGCUCCGUAAACACCUCUCGCUUCUUCAAGAUGUAGACUGGCCUUCAGGGGCUUAUCAAGAUGUGGUUCUCAAGGUUUCCAAUUCCUUUCCAGAAUUGGAUUUUAUAAGCCAUUGAUUAGCACAGGAAAAAAUGCUUUUGAUCUCACGUUCUGUGUAGUAUUUUUGUGUGGCCUACACUGUCCAAAGCAAGUGAUGCUCAGAAGGAAGUAAUCGAGUUCUGGAAGAGAUUGAAAUUCAAGAAUCAGGAUCAACAUAAAAUACUUUGCAAAAGGCUUUUGGAUUCUGUUUUUCUAGAAGCAGUUUUCUGGAAUUUUUUGACAGUUGAGCCUUGAAGCUAUGAAAUGCAAACAUAGGAAAGAAGCUCUGGCUUCUCUUUAGAAAACUAAGCCACUGCCAGGUUGGGAUUACAAGUAGAUGACUGUGGAGUCUGUUGUCAUUGCUGGAGGGUGAGAGGGAAACAGGGGAACAUUUCUUACCUGUUUGUGCAAGAUUUCUUAGUGCAGCCCAAUAGAAAUCAGGAGCUCCAUAGUAUCCACAGGUCACAAGUAGCAAAAAGGAAAACAGUCACUGGCUGCAAGAAAUGAGAUUUCCACUUGAUGCUAGCUGUGAUUGCUGUUGACCUGAACUCAUAUUUCUAACAGGCUGAUCUUCACUGCACACACCCACUCCCACCUAGGGGAAUCAUGUAACUCAGUAAGUUAUGAAUGGUGUCAAAGGAGAGCCUUGGAGCCCACAGCUUGUUUCAUUUUGAAGGGAUCACUUGAAAUGAACCAACGGAAGGUUCCCAUAAUGAAAACUGAUAAUUUUUUCCAGGAGGACAUAGAACUGUGUAAGCAAAGCAGGCUUUGGAGAUGGGUUAAUUCAUAAGAAAAAACAGAUUUGUAUUUAAGCUACAUGUAUGAAGCACACAGCAAAAAGCAAAGAAUGCCAAGAGGCCUGAAUUCUGAAUUCUGUGUGUCUAUGGCUCUAGGAAAAGGACUGGACUGUGUGGGCUGUUGUGGGCUGCUUUUUAAAAAAAAAAAAAAAAAAAAAAAAAUGAUCUUCCUUUUUGAUUAUUUUCCCUGGAGAAGGAAGAGUUAAAAAAAAAGAAAUUGUGAUGGAUUCUUCCUCCUAGACAGGAAGAAAAGAGAACAUUUGAGAAGAGGGACCCACCAUCUACAAACUAUGCAUCAAUAGUCAACAGCACAAAAUGCCAAGGAAUCCCAGCGAAGUGAAAAAAGCUCUAUUUGUCACUUUAGUCAUUUGGUUUGAUUUUUCUCUGAAUGUCACUUAACCUCAGGCUCUGCACUGAGUCUGUAGAACAGAACUUCCUCUGCCAUGCACGCUGCCUGAUCAGUAUUACACACUACCGAUAGUGGAGAAGCAAACUGUGGUGGUUUCCUGAACGUUUUGAGAGUAAAAUAAUUACGUAAACUAUGGAAAGAAGCAAAAAAAGUCAGAAUUGUUAAACUCUAAUGUUUCAUUGUUUACUGAAUUUUGAGUCUCCCACCCCAGAAUUUCCCUAUUUACGACAUUCCAGACUGCCGCGCCUCUGUAUAAUACUCAUCGUAAAGAGCUGGUAUCUUACAAGAGCUGGGUGCAUUCUCCCCCCAAUACUAUCCCACUCCCCUUCUGGGAUUAGCUAUUAACAGCAAUGCCCAUUGCAGCAGACACAAGCACCUUGUAGAAGACAGACUGUAUUUCAUAAAGGUUUUUGAAAGUUUAAGAAACACUCUCACUUUUUUAAGCAUUUUUAUUUUAAAUUACAAAAUGGAUUUUUAGAAAUGUCUCUUGUAAAUUAUAUUAACAAGCUCCUUGCUGCUCCCUGAAGUAGACAUGCUAUAUCCCAGCCCUUUUUGUUUGUCUUGUUUUAAAGCAUGCCAUAUAACCCAUGCCACAUAAGCCAUAUGAGAGGUGGUGAUAUGUGCCAAAUUGGUAUACAGUUGAGCUUAGAUUUGGAUAAUCCCUGAAUUCCAAAGAUUAUGCUUUUAGGGAUUAGAACAUUGUAGGUUUUUUCCCCUCUUUGUUCUCCCUGCAUUUAGGACUUGCCCAGAAAUUCAGGUGUAGUGCCAAGGUCAGCCCUGGUGCAAGAUGAUGUGAUUCAUGGUUCUGUCCAACUUACGGCUGCUUGCUUGCUCCCCAGGUACUUGUUUGGUAAGGCAGACUGUCAGCAUGGCAGUGCUGUCAGAGAAGAACACCUCAGGGCAAAAACCUUGAAUAUAAAUCUGCCCCAGUAUUUGUCAAAUCAGGUUUGUGCUGUGCUUUUUGAAACUGAAGUCACUUUGCCAGGCCACAAAUGUAGCAAAUACAGAGAGAAUUAUAAGCCCUCUGUCCAUUUGUGUACACAGUUCAACUCUGAUUUCAAGAGAUCCUGUAUGACGGUACGUAGUGCUCCAGCCACACUGACAGAGUCAAAGAAAGCUGCUGUAGUUUUGUCACCUCAACUCAUACGCAAAUAAUGAGAUUGUGCAACUCCUGUAAAUCAGCUGUGGGAUACUUCCUGGAAUGGACAGAAAGCUCGGAGUCAUGCCCCUGAUUCAUUACAGCUCAACUUUCUCAGCACUCCAGUGCCCCGGACUCCAGUUUUGAAUCUGUGGUGGUGGCUGAAGGCUUCGUUUAGUGUGUGAGAAGUCCCCCUGGCUCUUAGCUCUAUGGUGAAUGUUCAUAAAGAAGGUUUUGGAAAAGCUCAGUUACACACUGAGUCAAGCAGUGAUUUCAUACAACUGGUGACAAGUGGAGAAGCCCAUUAAUAGGCCUACUGUAUGAGAUGAGGCUAGCCACACAGAUGAUAAGGAAAAGAUUGGCCCUGUUCUAGGGCCUGGUGUCAGAUUCUUGCUGAAGCCAAGUUUGUCCUUGCUUCUCAUCUCUUGGGUACAGUGAGUGCAUCUACACUCUGUUCUUCAUCAGCAGUUGUGGUACAGUUGCUGAGUGCUGAAGGAGAAAGGAAAAUCUUAUUUUCUUGUCAUCUACUACUAGCAGAGCCUGAGCAGGUAUAGCAAGCAGUCAUGACUUUGUAUAACAUAGAGGUGUAACCCCUUUACUGUACUGAGAGCUGGAGAAGAGCUAGGGUCUGCUGUUGUCCUUGUAUCUGUGCCUAGCACCAGCAUUUUAAGUUAACUCACUCUGCCUUUGGAAAUAAGUGGAGGAGGAGGAGGUUACAGAGAAAGAAGGGUGUAACUGAAGGCUUGUUCUGCUUCCUGCAGAAAUGUAGUCAUUGAUAACUUUAUGAUGAAGUUCUUCACACCUAGAAGAGGAGGUACUUUCUAACUUUCCAGACUUUGACCCUAGAGGUCUAGUGCUCAUUCACUUGCCUCUGUGUCUCUGCAUUGUUCUUAAGCAGGUUGCAUUAGGAUGAUCCCAGAAAAGACUGAAGAACUCCCUCCCACUCCCUUUGGUCUGGGUCACUCAGUCGGUCAUAAGUCUCUGGAAAUGCUACAAGGUAAAGUGACUUCAGGGCAGGCCCUUCCAUGCCCUGCAGCACAGCUAUCAUCUGGGCACCGGUUCCCUACAACAGCAGAAGUAGGACUAGUGUUCAGGGGUGAGAGACUCCCCACUUAGGAGACAGCCUGGGAGUCCUUCAGAAGCAUUCCUGUAACGUGUUCACGAUGUCUGAGGAAGGGAAAGGAAUUGCAAAGGGCCCUGGUAGGAGACUGUGGAGUAUGUGUUUCCAUAAUGAUCAGCCCCAUUGGCUGAAUCUUUCUUCUUCUUUAGGAAAGCUCACACUCUGAGCUGGGUUGCAUGGGAGAAGCUUGUGUCAGGAGUUUCUGUGAGGGGAAAGGAGAUCAGUUGUACAGUUGAUGAUGUACAUGAUAUAUGCAGUUUCGUUUCUAGGUUGGUUCUUUUGGUUUUUUUGUUUGUUUGUUUGGGGGUUAAAUGAUUUAAAAAAAAAAAAAAGGUUUUAGGAAUCUCUAAGGGGAACCUGUAAAUCUGACACCUCUAUUUAUUUUGCCUUAUUUUAGUUUGCUAUGUUUGUAUGUAUACACUGCAUUACAGCAAAGACUAUUGAGACCGUGCCAGGGCAUUACACCGGCUAGACAGCUGGCUUGGCUAUUGUACAGCAAGCUGGGCUAGGCAAGGGGAUGCAUGUGAGCAGUCUUGGUGUGGGACAGGAGGGCAGGAAAACACUUUACUUUUGCUUUGGGCAUAAUCAGUCUUCAUCUGGUGAUCCUGGUUCUUUCCAUAAUGCCAGAGAAGCUUGAAUAGAUGGGCAAAAGUGGUUCAAGCCCUGUAACUUUUCACCAGAGUUAACAUGCUGGUGAGACAAACCGGGACAGUUCUCCUACCUUCACAUAGGAGGUUUCUGGUUGCCUGCAGUCCAAACAGGUAGCCCUCGCUGGCCACCUUCAUUUAUGUUAUCAGAGGUUGAAGAGGCCGACCUUGGUAACACAAUUUGACCAACUGAAAAUAUAGAAUUUAUAUAUGUGUAUGUAUAUGUAUAUAUAAAAAGCUAUCUACUACUAUAGGUAGUAGGCUUGAUGACCAGUAUCCCCUGAAGUUGGCCAGAUUUUACUCACUGUGCCUGUUGAGAAGGAUGCCAUUAGUCUGGCAUGGUGUUUUGACACCUUGUUUCAUGAAGAGAGUCUGGAUGCUUCCAAAACAGAGUCUUCUGUUCCAGGUGCUAAUGUAGAAUAGAUCCCCUGUAACCACUGCAAGUUGCUCUGGGGUUACACCAGCAUAAUUCAAAGCAGCACCUGGAUCAAAACUUUCCUUUAAGCAAUCCCGUCUGUUUACAAGAUGUCCCACAGAGCGCAUGAAGGGCUUGGUCCUUUCAGCUGUCCAUCACCAAGAGCUCUCACCCAAGUGAUCUAGAAAAGCCCUUAUGACAAGCCAUUCCCCUCCUCCCCCUUCCCAUUCAUGCUUGCCCUUAAACAGGCUUUUUAAAAACCUUUGCAGUUUUUAGAAUUUUAAGAGGAAGGAAGGUACCUGAGGUGCUCUGUGCUCCACAUCUCCCUUCCAAACCAUCCCCAUCUUCAGUCUUCUCCUCCUCUGCAAGCCUGCUCACCUUGAAACAUGCAGGUCACUUUGGGAAGUAUCCCUGCCCACCAAGCUAGAAAGUACAGUGCUGCUUACUGAAGUGGGAGGUUGUUGUGUGCUGCUGUAAUGCCUUGGCGUAUCCUCAUUUCUUAGUCAGUUUAAGACUAUAAGUGAAUUAAAUGUACAAAUCCUGUAGUGUCCUUUUUAUCUGUAUCUUUUUAUAAGAAUAUACUGUAAUACUAAAAAACAAAAGAAAAAAAUUAAAGAUAUAUUGCCCCCACUA